AUGAAUGACGGUACGGUGAGAGGGCAUGCCGAGAAGAGGUAUAAACGAUCCGGCGUGUACCCAUAUAAGAGGGCGUUCAAUUCGGAAAAUCGACAGGGAAAGUCAGCCUCCAUCUUUGAACACCAGUCCAAGUCUCAGUCAGACCGGACUACAGACCUCGUGAAUGCGGAUUGUACCAAUCAUGGUUAUCGCUUGUCUGAUCCACUGGGGGAAGGGGCGUACGCCAAAGUGAAGAAAGCAGAGGUCAUGCCAAGCAAACUGGCCAGAAAUCAGGUCAUGGCAGACAUUGCCGGAGAAUCAGGGAAAAUGGAUGUAGCGAUAAAAAUUAUCGACAAGAAACUGGUACCGAAAGACUUUCUGCUGAAAUUUCUCCCCCGUGAGCUGUCCAACCACUUGAAGAUCCCGCAUCACCCACACAUAGUACGAUUGUAUGAGCAGUUUUCCACGCAGAACCACGUGUUUAUGGUGAUGGAAUAUUGCUCUAACGGGGAUCUGCUCGACCUAAUCAACAAACACAUUGGAGAGAAUGAGAAGGGGAUCGGCGAAGAUCGUGCUCGCCAAAUCUUCUCUCAGAUCUGUAGUGCUGUACAGCACCUUCACAAAAAUCUUAUUGUUCACAGGGAUUUAAAAUGUGAAAACAUUUUACUGGAUAAGAACAUGGAUAGCAAGUUAACUGAUUUUGGAUUUUCCUGUCAAGUCCGAACUGUUGACAAUUAUCUCAAGACUUCAUGUGGCUCUUAUGCCUACACUGCCCCGGAAGUGAUCCGUGGAAAACCUUACGAUGCUUUCCGGUCGGACAUAUGGAGUCUGGGGAUCAUCUUGUUCGCAAUGGUGAACGGUCGUCUGCCAUUUAACGACAACGAGCUGAUGGAAAUGGAGGAGGAUAUGAAAAUGCAGAGACUGAGGUUUGAGCGGCACGUGUCUUUUGAUUGUAUGGUUCUCAUACGAAAGUUGCUUCAGUAUCAUCCAUCUAUUAGACCGCCGUUGAAUGAAGUCAUAGAUGACCCAUGGCUCACUGGAAAGAAACCAAUACCUCGUCAAGUGACCAGACCAAAAUGGAUCAACCCGUACAAAUGCCAGAAAGAAAUCAGCCCAGAUAUCGACAACCUACGUGUUGAACAAACAAGCGUACCACGUCGAUCAAAUCCCAUCUGCUUUAAGGCAUCCCCAAAGAAAGGUCAUUCUAAUCCAUCAACACGGACUGUAACCGUGAACCAAACUGCGGGUGAAACUGUAACCUUGAAAAGCAGGAGAGUUAAUAGAACUGGUCCGAAAGCGCCACUUAGACCAAACACGUGGCCAAAGUCUGCCAAGGGACAAAAGGAGAGUGAGAGAGUCACAACACCUAAUACUCCCAACUUCCGAUAUAUAGCACAGCUUGUCAUGAUGAACAGAGAUAACUUUGAACCAUCACCAACACCGUGUACAGGCAAGGAGGAUGGUGUAUGUAAACAGAUGCCACUCUGGUUCAUGUAUAACAAGUUACUCCAAGAUCACUCUAAAACUAUUAGCGCCAAUGAUGGUAAUGCUAAAGGUGACGAAGUGAAAGGCGGCAAGCAGGAAACAACAGGGAAAGCAUGGGCAACCGCCAAAGUCGACAGCAAAAAUAAAUCGAAACCAGAAAGUCAAUGUCCAUCAUGUUCGGGGAGCACGGGGAAGCUUAUUACACCAAAGACUCGUGUCGGAUCAACAGGUGCGAAAUCGGAAAAGUCUGAUCAAAAACGACGUGGAUUUCCCCAAAGGUCAACCGUGAAAAAAGCUGCCAUAGCUAAAAUGCGGAACGGUUUGAUCAAGUUCCCGGUAGAAGGAUCGAAAAAGCAAAUGACACCAAAAUCUGCCAAUGGCGUUAUUGGCAGAACAAAGGUGACAACAGCUAGUCCAGGCAUAUCUAAAUCAGCAGUGACAAGUAACCCCAGGGUCAAGGAGAAAGCGUGCACCCCACGCGCUACCGAGGUCAUCCUGCAAGGUGAAGGUGACAAACGGAAAUCCCCAACCAAGUUCAAAUUUGAAGAAGAAAUUUUGAAGAAAGGAUCACCAAACGAGCCGCCCCCACUGCCCCCACUAACGGGCCAAACGGUUGAGCACCACGAGAGCGAUGUCCGACCAUAUCAUGGCAACCGCCGCAUGCCUUUCUGUCCUCGAAUGAAGAAACACCGCCAGAGAGUCAUCGUUCAUUCUUGUACUUAA